CGGCGGGGCCGUCCCUAGAGGCGGAGAUGGCGGCGACAGCGGCUGAGGCGGAGGCCUCGGGCUCGGGAGAGUCGCGGGAAGAGGCUGACGUCCCCAGUCCCGCUUGGGAUGAGUCUCAGCUGCGCAGUUACAGCUUCCCGACCCGGCCUAUCCCGCGGCUGAGCCAGGGCGACCCCCGGGCGGAGGAGCUGAUCGAGAAUGAGGAACCCGUGGUGCUGACCGACACGAACCUGGUGUACCCCGCCCUGAAGUGGGACCUCGACUACCUGCAGGAGAACAUUGGGAACGGAGACUUCUCCGUGUACAGUGCCAGCACGCACAAGUUCUUGUACUACGACGAGAAGAAGAUGGCCAACUUCCAGAACUUCAAGCCCAGGUCCAACCGGGAGGAGAUGAAGUUUCACGAGUUCGUGGAGAAGCUGCAGGAGAUCCAGCGGCAAGGAGGGGAAGAGAGGUUGUAUCUGCAGCAAACACUCAAUGACACUGUGGGCAGGAAGAUUGUCAUGGACUUCUUGGGUUUUAACUGGAACUGGAUUAAUAAACAACAGGGAAAGCGUGGCUGGGGGCAACUGACCUCCAACCUGCUGCUCAUUGGCAUGGAAGGAAAUGUGACACCGGCUCACUAUGAUGAGCAACAGAACUUCUUUGCUCAAAUAAAAGGCCACAAGCGAUGCAUCUUAUUUCCCCCGGAUCAGUUUGAGUGCCUCUACCCAUAUCCUGUUCAUCACCCUUGUGACAGACAGAGCCAGGUGGACUUUGACAAUCCUGACUACGAGAGGUUCCCCAAUUUCCAGAACGUUGUUGGUUACGAAACAGUGGUUGGCCCUGGUGAUGUUCUUUACAUCCCAAUGUACUGGUGGCAUCACAUAGAGUCAUUACUAAAUGGGGGAAUUACCAUCACUGUGAACUUCUGGUAUAAGGGGGCCCCCACCCCUAAGAGAAUUGAAUAUCCUCUCAAAGCCCAUCAGAAGGUCGCCAUAAUGAGAAACAUUGAGAAGAUGCUUGGAGAGGCCUUGGGGAAUCCACAAGAGGUGGGGCCCUUGUUGAACACAAUGAUCAAGGGUCGCUACAACUAGCCUGCCGGGAGUUGAAGCCUCCUGCCAGGCGACCGCUCGCUCGUCCACACCGCUUCAUUGAUGAGGACAGGAGACUCCAAGCGCUAGUAUUGCACGCUGCACUUCAUGGACUGGACUCUUGCCAUGGCCCUGAGGCAGGUGUCCGGGCAAGGCAGGGUGGCUGGCGCUCUACUCCGUUUGGAGAGACUUCUUACCCUUGCCGCUCUGCCCCAGCACCUCCUCUCUGCCCCCUGAAAGUCCUGUAUUUAGUGUGUGGAGUUCCAGCUUCUGGUCGUCAUCAUGUCUGUCUGUCGGUCUGUCACUCGGGAUGUGUAUGUGUGUGCGUGUGGCCUGCGCACACACACGUGUGUAUAUGUUCCUUGCUCCCCCCUUUGGGUCAGGAUCCCACUCGUGGCUCUCAGCCCAUUCUCCUGCAACCUCAGUGCCUCAGCCUGAGAGAGGAGAUGCUCCUGGCUGCCCACAACAUCUGGUCUGCAGGGCCGCAGCUGUCCUGGUUCUUGGGGCAGUCGGCCCCUUCGCAGCAUUCACAGAGCCAGGCUCUGGCCUCAAGGAAUGGCUCCUGGGACUCCAGUGGGGACAGCAGGACGGAGGCUUGCCUGGAAGAGCCUCGUGGGUCUGCCCUUGGGAAUCGGAUGGGGUUCGAGCCAGGUCCUUCAAGCUCAAGCCAUAUAUAGAAAAGAGCCUUGGGACACGAGAAGGAAGGAUUGGGCUAAAUUCCAAAUUACAGACACAUGGCUUUUCUCUUUCCACUCCAGCUCUUGCUCCCUCUGCUGGGUGCCAGGGGACUUCUAGCAGUGGCUUCUCUAGGUUCUAGGGCUGCAAGUCUGUGAACAUGUGUGUACGUGUGUGUGUGUGUGUUCACACACUGGCCUGCCUCUCUGCUUACCAAGUUUCUCCACUGCUUAGCUGUGUCCAGUGGGACAGAGAGCAGGAGCCCCAGGCAAGGGCUUCCAGACCUUGCCUGGAGCUUUGAAAGUCCCUUUUAGCCUGCGUGUCAGUCAGGUUUGCCUGCGGACUGCACAGGCUGCCGGGCAGAGCCUCCAGCUCUCCUCACCCUCCCGCCUGGGUCCUAUCCUCGAUUCCCGCAGAGCUUCCUGGCGAGUAGAUGAAAAGGGGUCCGGCUUAGGCAAGUAACUCAUCACCUGCCACCCACUUUGGAGCAAGGACAGAAGUGUAGUCUUGCCCCUUCCAGCCAGCGCCUCUGCCGGCCCCACAGCAGUGUGCCACAGAGACCCUCCCGAGUCAGGGCACGUGGCGGCAGAGGAGCGAGCUGUCCCUUUCUGUCCAUAGCUCUUCACAGGCCCCCUCUCAGGACUGCAGCUUCCAGCUGAGCAGCUGGGCGCUGCACAACGUCAGUGGCCAUUUCAUCCACCCAGGGGGACCCGGCAACAGGAUGGUGUGGGAGCGUCUGUCUUCUCACUGCCCACUGCCUCCUCGUCUCCGUGCCCGUUCUCUCUGGAAGAAAUGAAGAGUUGGAAGUUUCUGGGCUUUUCUUGGAUUUUUCUUUUUUUUCUUUUUUUUUUUGCCAAAGGUUUAUUUCCAUUCUCAGCUCUGACUUUUAUUCCCCUGGAAUUCAGUUUACAGUUACAGUGCACUGAUGGACUGACUGUAUGUGUGUGUGUGUGUGUGCGUGCUUGCGUGCUGAUGCAUUGAGAGUGUGUGUGUGUGUGUGUGUGUGUGUGUGUGUGUGUGUGUGUGUGUGUGUGUGUGUGUGUGCAUGUAUGCGCCUGCCUGUGGAUUUGGGAAAAGCUGUUGAUUUUAGAACUGCCUGGGGUUUUCUGAUGCCGUGUGGGUGUGCAAACAUGGUACCCUCUCACAUGUAGUGCUUUCAAGUAUGUUAGUAUUGGCAAAUUGGAGUUGCGCUGAUCCUCCUGCCUCCCAUCAAAGAGGCGCGCAGAGGAGUCCUGGGGAGUGGAUGGUCCUCCUCAACUUGCCUGCUGGCCUCAGCUCUUAGAGCUGGGGUGUGUGCACUGGGUGGCGUGUGCCUCUCGGCUGCCCCAGCUCUCAGUGACUGCCGCAGGGGGCCUUCACAGGUUCCCUGGUAAUAGAGUUGUGCCUCCGUGCUAACAGAUGCCCAGUGCUCUUGUCUUUGUUUCUCACAGCCCUGGGAUGCAGGAAGGGGCUCAGACAGCUGACGUGAUGAGGGCAAGUGGGAUUGCAAUCUUCUACUAUUUGGCUGCAGCUCUGUGCCACCCGCUCUCUCCACUGGACUCUGCUCCUGCUUCUGCUCCGUCUCCUCCUGGGCACUGUAGACCACCCUCAUUGCUCACUGUCCUGUACCAACUCUGGUCGGCUGAGAUCGUACCUUCCCAAGAGGCUGCAGGAGACCCAGCUCCGGGCUGCAGCUCUUUGGGCUCUGGUGGAGGGCAGUUUGGGAAAGCAUUCUGUAUUGGGUGACGGGAGGAGCUCCCACGGAACUAAGUUCACAAUACCGUUGCCUUGAGUUUCCUCGGGUAUGUCCGCUGACACCUCCCACCCCACUCCUGUAGCUGUAGAAUGGAAGGUCUGGGUCUCAGAAACCUUGAUUCAUGUUCGCUCCUUUUCCCGCCAUGGAGGAGGUGGAGCCUCUCCACUGAGUGCGGUUCGGGCGGUUUGGGCUCUCCUUCUCCUGUCACUGGAGGAAGCAGUUCCGCUCUGUUGCUCUCCCCUUGUUCUAGUCCGCACACACCAAGGGCCUGUAUGGAGGUCAACCAUGUUGCAAACCCCCCACCUUUUUUUUUUUUAAGCAUGAUCAGGUACAGAGGAGAUGACUGUUUAGUGAAGUCAAAUAUUUGUUGGGGGGCUGGGGUUUGGGGGGAUGGAGGAGGGGCUGUUGUGGUUAUCAGUUGAGCAGAUGCCCAGGAUGCCUGGGGGAGACCAGCUUCCCCUACAAAUCAGAGCUCUAAAUUACAAGGUUUUUACCAACGCGAACAGUUGGGGGAAGUCGUCUGCUCUCAUUUGCGUAAUGGUUUCUGUCACUGGUGAUUAGACACAGGAUGAAGGAAAAGAAAUUUGACAAUUAGGAAUGAGCGAUCAUUAAUCUGAAUCUGUUAAGAGACAGAGAGGGGAUGGCUCCUUAUCAAUGGGCCAGCCCAGUGUGGAGAGACCCUCCCUCCAUCAGUGUGCCCACAGGCAGGCUGAGACAGGGACGCCUAAAGGCUCUCUAGGCAGCCCCAGUCCCCAGCCUGAAGGUGAUACGGGAAUAGAGGAGAGAGGUAGGGGUCAAGUGCGACCUCCAGGGCAAAAGGUGAAAUAGAAAUGUUUGGGCACGUGCUUGCUGUGUGUGGGGAAUAAUUUUGUGGUACUCCAGGUAUAGACCACCUGUGACCAGUAUUUGUUGCCUUUCAACCCUGCAGGGAGUGGGCAAAGCCUGCUCUUUAUCUUCCAGAAGCUUCCACCUAGGUAGAGAGGGAAUCACAUGAAACAGUUGGAGUUGAUGAGGCCAGAGGUGGUACACUCUGAGUCUGGGGUUAGAGAUGCUGAGAGGAGGCAGCGCUCUCCUGCUAGGAUCAUCUGGGGCCCGGGCUCCCAGGGAUGAGCUCUCCAACCCGGCCUCUGGGCAGCCGUGACCCCCACCCCGUCAUUGCAUCUCAGUGUGAUGGACACUGAGCUUCCCGUCCCAAUGGGAGUCUUCCGAUACAGAGCUGAACGCUGGAUUGUGCCACCACUUCGAGUGACCUCAUCUCUUCUGUCUCUUGAGACGUCAAGAACAGUUCUCAGAAUCAGUGGGCCCCAGUUGGUAUUUUCUCUGGUGGGUUUCUUGAAUCGUUUCCCUGUAGUAAUGGGGGCCACAGCACAUGAUUCACCUACUCCUGGGAUUUUAUUUUUUGGGGCACCAUUGGUAACUGCCUUGCCUCUGAGUCUUUGAUUCUUCAAACUUGAGUGCAAAGUUCAGAGACUGUAGGGGUCAGGCCUUCCCCAAACAAUAAGAAAGCUGGGGUGCACUUGCAGGUGGUUGGCAGGGUUCUAGAGGUCUGACCUUCCAGCCCGUGUCCUUUCUCCCUGGGACUUCCAGCAGCUUGUCCAGUGAUUGCCACCUGCUCCUCUGAUGGCUUUUGCCAGAGCUGGCCUGGUUUCUCCUCAGCUGGCCCUACCUGUUUUCUUCAGUAGCCCACCUGACCUGUCACAGAGGUCCCCCUCACCCUCACAGUACCCUUUGUUCUGAAGUUUCCUGGCUGCUGGUGUUGGCAUAGGCUUGUCUCCCAGGCCCUUCUUCCUGUGCAUCUCCGAGCCAUCUUUCUACUCUUCAGGCUCUGCUGAUGUUUGUCCCCGUGUCUUUUUGCUCUAGCUUCUUGCCAUUCCUCUGUCAAUUCUUUACACUCUGGGGACUCUGUUUAGUGCUUUCCUGGGGACAAAGCUGCAGACAGUGACAAGCCAGAGAGGCCCAGAGGCCUGCAGUCACCACGCCGUCCAGAGAUGGCUGAGGAGAGGGGUCCUAGACACUGGUGGGUGGUGGAGAAAGACACCCCUAUCUCUCUCCGCUGCUGGGGCCUCGCCUGGCAGCACAGGUGCAGGUUUGGUUCCCGUCCAGGUGUGGCUUUGUGCCUCGGGAUCUGGAGUAUCUUCAUGAAUUAUCUCCGUAUUUCCUCGGGUGUCAGGUGAUGCGCCAAGCAUGGGGCUGACCUUUGUAUUUUAGUGGUUGCUAGAAGGAAAACAGCAGAUGGCUAGUCAGAGGAUCAGGGGUGGAGGUGACAGAUGAGAAGGACCCUGCGGACUAGGGGAGCAGGAGGGGAGCAGGAGAGCCAUCCCAGGGGUCAGCCCUUGUCUGGACCAUCUCUUCACUCCACAUCUGCAGCAUGAUAGCCGACUAAAGAAGCUUGAAGACUUGGAUCUUGACACUUUCACCUACAAUCAGGCCCUUGGGUAAUAUUUUGGCAAGGACUGUGUCCCCUUUAACGUCAGUGUGAGACAGUCUAGCAUAGUGUUUAAAAGCGUGGAUUUUGGAGUCAUGAAUUUGGUUCAGGUUUCUAGCUGUGCUACUUACCAGCUGGUUGUGACCUUGGUUGAUUUUUCUUGACCUCUCUGAGCCUCUGUUUCCUCAACUGAUAAUGUGUUUGGGGAAAGGGAGGUGUUGAAAAUAACUACCUCAGGGUUGUUGGAUAUACCGAAAUGUUGUAAAGCUUUAGCACAGUGCUUGGCAAGCACUUAAUAAACGGCUGUGGUGGUGGUG